UACGUUCCUUUCCCUUUACUCCUAUUCCCCUGUUGUGACGAUCUUGAAAUGUCGUUUGAUAAUACGCGAAUUUCUGAACAUGAUAAAGAGGUUUUGGACAGAUUGUUUAAUCCAAACUUACCAUACGGUGAUGUAGUUGAAGACAAUAAAGACACGUCACCUACUGAAGAGGAAGUUGAAACUGAAGAAAUAAAACAAGUAAAGAUUCUUGAAGCAGAUGGAGUAAAGGCCGCUGAAACUGGAGACCUCCACAAGUCACUGGACCUCUUCUCUAAGGCCAUUAAUGUAUUACCAAGGAGGGCAUCUGGAUAUAACAAUAGGGCACAGGCACUCAGACUUAAAGGAGAUGUUGAAGGUGCCAUUGAUGAUUUGAAUAAAGCUAUUGAUUUAAGUAAUGGACGUGGUCAGGUGGCUUGUCAGGCCUAUACACAGAGAGGACUUAUCUACAAACUAGAAGGUAUGGAUGAAGAAUCUCUAGAAGAUUUUAAACAUGCAGCUUCUCUGGGAGGACAGUUUGCCAAGCAGCAGGUGGUGGCCAUGAAUCCAUAUGCUGCCAUGUGUAAUCAGAUGUUAUCAGAAGUCUUUCAUAAAAUCAAAUGUGGAGAAAUGUAGGUCAAGGACACAUGAAUGUCAAGGUCAAGCUGGAAAUACAUUAACUUAAAUGAACAUUUUCACAAUUAUAUACUAGAAUCAGAUGAUAGAUCAAUAAAAUGGAGGGACCACCAAACAUGGAAGAGUUGUAUGUUGGAUAAACAAAACAUUGUGCAUCAAAUAAUACUCAAUUAUUUAAAUGACCAUGAAUUAUUUAGGUUGUUGUUUUAAAUAAUACAGAAAAGCAAAGAUUAAAAAAAGCAACAAAUCAGCAUUUUUAAACAAU